AUGGGAGAUACUCCUGGCCAAGGAAACAACCAAACAACAACCGACCAAUCUGCCAGCCAUCCUGGCGACGACGGAAAUGGAAAAGAUAAUCAAGAGACCAUCGCUUCAUUACGCAGCAAGAAACGGGUAUGUAAGUCACAACUUACUAAAUCAAAACUUUUGCUGACUAGCUUACUUUGUGCAAGUGAGAAACGGGCAGAACAAGUCCGAAAUGCUGUCGAUGCAAUAUUACGGCAUCAAGAGACCGCAAUAGACAUUCACAACUGUUUGUGUGACGAGAAUCCCGAACCAUCAACCAACGAGUCCACGGUGGUUGAACAACGCUCCAGAGUAACAGUAGCUCCUCCACAGAUUGGUCAGAAUCCUCCACCGGAACCUGAAAGUAUUACUCCUGAUCAUGUUCAACGAGAUCAACAAACUUCGCAGAGCACAGAAGAAGCUCCAGAUCAGGUUUCAAAUUUUACCAACUUGAUAGAGACAUGUAUAGGCAAUUGA